AUGGCUCUAGAGAGGACUGUCAAGGAUAUCCAAGAUCAAAAUGCUCAACUUCAAGAAAUGUUCUUGAACCUGUCUCUGGGGCAAGAAGAAGUGAAAGCUCUCCUCACAAGGGGCAUGGUCCAGGGGAAUUCAAGCAACGCCAGGAGUGAUCAGUUGGAAGCACUGCAGUCUGAGCUGACUACAAUGAGGAUCCAAAUGAUGGGGAAACUGGUGGGCCAGAUGGCUCUCAUCCAGGACUUGGCUCAAAGAAAAGAGGAACUCAGAGUUCUCGUCAACCAACUGCUUCGGGACAACCAACUGGGGCAAACAUCUGAGGUUGAAGAGCAAGUCACCAUUCAACCCCCUUCCAGACAAGAAGACAAGGGGAAGGCUCCUCUACUUGCUUCAGGGUCACAAGCCCACCAACAACCUCGUCAGCAUCAACAGGGUAAUCGGCGUAAGUAA